AUGUCCGCGAUAUUCACCCUUCACAUUCCAAUUGAAAUUAACUCUCAGAUCUGUCCUCCAAAUUUUGUAUACUCUGUGGAUUGUCAGGCGACAGACCACUUCGUUUUCAAACAAGUUCCAGAGUUAUCAGGCUCUGCAAAAACCGGGCUAACUCAGCAUCUGACGGCCACCGACAUCAUACAGAUCGAUGAAUGUACCACCAUUUACCGUGCAGUAUCUCAAGACCAAGGAAACUUUGUGCUCAAAUUCGUGCUCUGGAAAGGCGAGCCUGUAGAAAUAAUCCUAGCGGGUAUGGAAGCACACGAGGGAUCAGGGCACGAAUACGGGAUUGACGCACUACGAAAAUUUACCGAGCCGAUGAACGACCUGGAGAACGAGGCACGCAACUACGACACCCUUUCCGUUCUGCAGGGCGCGGUUAUUCCUAAAUUCUACGGCUGCUUCAGGACGGAAACAGAAGCUAGAUAUAUACGGAACACGAGGAGAAUGGUGACAUGCAUUGUACUGGAGGAUUGUGGUGAACACCUCAAGGUUGACCGUCUCAGGGACCUUGAUGAUGAUUCACUAUUCUACGUGUUCCAGCAGCUCGGCAAAAUGCACAUGGAAUGUCAGGCCCAUCCCAACGAUCUCUCUCCUCAUAACAUUGUCGAGCGCGAGGUCGAUGGCAAGGUCGAAUACCGUUUUGUGGACUUGCACGACAUCGAAUAUCAUGAAUGUCACUUCGAAGGGCAAUGGGAUGAUGAGGAGGGUAGAAUGCCCGAAGGCGGCAUUGGCUGCGAUCUUCUUACCUCUGCUGCCGAUGAUGCGUUUUUCUGGACUAAGAUCAUCACAAUUCCGUCCACGUAUAUCGGUGCCCUUCCUUACGAUCCCGAAGGUCUGCCACCGCAAUUUUUCAUCGACAAAGCGAUACCGCGCAACGCCCGUCCUGCUGUCGGACAUAGUAUGCUGUGUCACAUCUUCGUGGACUUCUUCACCAGGGUAUAUGAGGAACAUCAACAGCAAAUCGAGGAAGGCGGGGAAUCUCUGUCAAGCGAAGAUGUCGAUGCCAGUUGGCAUAAGGCCGUGGAUAAGUAUCGGCAGUUAUGGUUGGAGGAGGGUCUACCUACGACAGCAACAGAGGCAGCCAAUUUUUUACCCGCCGAGGUCAGGGAGUAUAUAUUUCCUGGUGGUUUCUAA